UGGACUGAUGACAGCAUGACUUUCAGGCGACUCAAAAAGCUACAGCACAAGGAGGAGUAUGCUUCACCCCCGGACCAGGCGAUCUAUAGGGACAGGGACAAAUAUGACCCCUAUGCGGCUCUGGACACCUACCGGACAGCAGACAUGUACAAGGCAUUAGCGGUGUCUGGGGGGACUCUCCCUAGAACCAAAAAGGGAUCUUCAAUGGGUUGGAAGAAUAUAAGUCAGCCAUCUGAACAUCAGAGAAAAAUUGUGACAUUGGAAAAAGAGGAUUCAGAAACGUUUGGGUUUGAGAUUCAGACUUAUGGAUUGCAUCAUCAAGACAAGAAUGCAGUUGAGAUGUUUACUUUUGUAUGUCGGGUACAUGAUGGAAGUCCAGCUCAAUUGUGCGGUCUCAAAGUUGGUGAUAUAAUUGCCGGAGUUAAUGGCCUCAAUGUGGAUGGAAUUAGACACCGAGAUAUUGUAGAGUUGAUCAAGGCUUCUGGGAACACAAUCAGAUUGGAGACAGUUUAUGGAUCUGCUAUCCGGAGAGCCGAAUUGGAGGCACGGCUACAAUAUCUGAAGCAAACAUUGUAUGAAAAAUGGGAAGAAUAUCGAUCACUUAUGGUCCAGGAACAGAGAUUGCUUCAUGGUAUAGUUGUGAAGGAUCCCAGUGUGUAUGACACUCUAGAAUCGGUGCGUUCUUACAUAUAUGGAACUGUUCCCGUGUCUGGGAAGGACCCCCUUAAUGGCUCUCUUGCUGCUGGGAGUAUAUGUAGCAGUGCUAGCUGCCUCAGCCACACAGACGACAAUGAAGAAGCAGUAUAUCAGACAUGUUAUUUCACCUCGGACUCCACCGAUGAGAUAAAUGGUCUUGGCAGCAAAAGCAACGGCAAGCCUUACAAGUCAACACUUACUCGCAGCUCUAGUGUGAAGUGUGGAACCUCUGGAACAACCUGGGACAAGCCAAAAGAACAGAAUAACUUUGCGUCCCUUCCCAGGAAAAAGCACAAAAGUUUUCGGAAAAGACUUUUGAAGUUUAUACCAGGACUAAACAGAUCUUUAGAAGAGGAGGCCAGUCCUCUUUAACAUAACAUUAUAAAAGAGGUUAAGUUAUUUAUUUAUUGUUCCCUGUUUUGGUUUUUUUUGUAAAAAGAGUGAAAAGCCAUGUAGUUCUUUUGUUAGACUUUAUUGUAAUAUGUUGUGUUUGGGCAGUUUACCAGAAAAUAAAUGUUUGGCAAGGCAAUGGUUGCCAAACUCCAGAUUUUUCUAUGAAAAAAGCAGUUUAUUCUGAUGUUUUCAAGUGUUCAAAGGCUCACACAGGAGUUUUCCUGCCAGCAGGUUUAGUGAGCAGUCUGAUUAUUUUUCAAGGCAAUGCUGGAUUUUGCCUAAUAUAGAAUUACUCCCAAGGUCUGCAGUUGAUUAGAACUUGGGGUCUAUACCAAUGUAUGCUAACCUAUGCCAUUCCUGCUGCUGAAGACUUACCCAUAAUGCCCAGCCAGCCUUAGUGGCAUAGGCCAAAGUCAGAUACCAAUUGUUUUUCAAACUACAACUCCAUUGAUGUUUUGCAGCUUUAAGGCCAGCAAGGCAUCAUGGUAGUCAUACUUGCACUUUUGGCCACUCCUGGUCUAUAGUAAUCCUCUUCUGUACCAUAGGUGCCUUCACUCUGUUUAUGCCAGGGGGAUGUAACUGGAGACUUGAUGUAUUGUGUAUUUAUUCUCUUUAUGAUCCAGCCAAUGCCGUGAUACAAACAAGCUCGGUCUAGGGAGAGUGGGUGAUCUUUCUUUGCUUUUCUAGAUUAGUCUGGCAAGUGUUCACUCCGACUUUAGCAGCAUUGUUGAAAGUGAAUGCCCCCAUUUAGUUUCCAUGUUCCAUGUAUAUAAUCUACAGUAUUGCUUAGGCAACCUAGGAGUCAUGAAACAUGGUGGAUGGCUGUGAUUUUCCUUUUAAAGUGAAGCAGAGAUUUUGGAAAUCACCCCAAAACCUCACAUCCAUAGACAUAAACAAAAUUGCUGUCUUUUGAAGUCGCUGAGCAUCUUCAAAUAUUUUUUUCUGUAGAUUGCAUUUAGCGUGGAACAGGCUUUCUUCCCAGGCCUUAACAAUACAUUGUAAAUCCUUCCAACUGAAAGAUUUUACAUCAAUUGGGUAUCAGAGGAAGUGAUUAUAUUGUAGGAACACGUCGCCACAUUUUCAGUAACUACCAUUUAUGCUACCCGAUCAUUUUGACCCGAAGUUAAAUGUACACACCAGCCAGAUGUGCCAGUUCUUGCUAGACCAUAUACAUUUUAGCCACCUGUCAAAGGCAACGGCAAGGCACACCCAUGGUUUAAUAUGCUUUUCAUAAAUAUUGCUGGCAGGGCUAUAUCUGUUCCCUGUAUGGUGUUUACAUUGUAUGGCCCAUAUUUGAAUGCAUUGUCUGUGUAUUCAUAUCAGUAUAGCAGCUGUGCAGAUGACAUCUGGCAAUGCUGAAUUGUAAUUCUGCAUGUUUGUUGUAGGACAGGUUUGCUCCAACUGUAAAAAGAUGCCAUGCCUUUGGCACACCCAGCGUGAAUGUCUUAAGCUAUAUCCUGAAUGCCACAUUAAAUAAAUAGUCCAUCCAUGUUCUGAAGUUAUUUAAAAAUACACUUUUCCUGAAAAAUGGGAUAACAAAUGACUUGUCCCAAGUUCACACUUUUCCCUAGUGUAAUGGCUGCAAUAUAGUUUUAAUGUUUAAUUUUAGGACCCCCCCCCCC